UAACACUGGCCGUGACCUCUGACCCUCUGCUAGCCUAACCUCUGACCCUUGACCCUCAUUCCUUCUCCACCCUGACCGGUAACUGACUGAUCAGCACUUCCUGGACCGAGGAAGCUGGGAAGCACCGUGGUGUGAGUGACUGUGAUGGAUCCAGUUAGGGCCCAACAGCUGGCAGCUGAGCUGGAGGUGGAGAUGAUGGCCGACAUGUACAACAGGAUGACCAAUGCAUGCCAACGGAAGUGUGUCCCUCCCCAUUACAAGGAAGCCGAACUUUCCAAGGGGGAAUCUGUGUGUCUGGAUCGAUGUGUCUCCAAGUACUUGGACAUCCAUGAGCGAAUGGGCAAAAAACUGACAGAACUGUCCAUGCAGGAUGAAGAGCUGAUGAAGAGGAUGCAGCAGGCCUCAGGGCCAGCGUGAAGGCCCCAGAGACAGUGAGCACCCAGCCUGGACUGCAGCCCUAACCCUUUUGCACUUGUCAAUAAAAAUAUUGGUGAUUAUA